AUGAGUGUUCACACUCCACCCACACUCCUGAAACUGGCAAGGCAGGCUCUGCUGAGAGAUGAGACUUUGGACAUGUCGACUCUGGACAAACUGCCCAUGGAGCUCUUGCCAGCACUGUUCAUGGAAGCCUUCACUGGCAAACACGCUACUACUGUGAAGGCAAUGGUGGCAGCCUAGCCUUUCCCCUGUCUCCCUGUAGGGGCAUUGAUGAAGACUCCUGACUUGGAAACCUUCAAGGCAGUUCUAGCAGGAGUAAACACAUGGCUGCAAAGAAAGUUUCACUCCAGGGGAAAUCUUCAAUUUCUUGACCUGAGGAAGAAGCACCAUGAAUUCUGGAGCAUAUGGGCUAGGGCAGAGAAUGGUGACUGCUCAGCAGAGACCCCAGAUGAGCAGCAAGCAGUGAAGGUCCUUCCCAGAUAUGCACUGAGGCAGUGCCUGAAGGUGGUUGCUGAUAUUUGCCUCAAGCAGGACGUAGAUGAAGAAUAAACAUGCUUCUUCUUGCAGUGGGCCCAACAGAGAAAGAGUUCCAUCCAGUUCUGCUGUAUGAAGAUGACCAUCUGGUCUCUGCCUUUCCAUUUUGUCAAAAAGAUCUUGAAUAUUUUUCAUCCAGAGCAGAUCCAGGAAUUUGAACUGAACACAGAGUGGAAUGUGUUAAUGCCGGCAGACUUUGCUCCCUACCUAGGCCAGAUGAGAAAUCUUCACAAACUCUUACUGGCACCCAUUUACAAGAGUAUCAUCAUGCUUAGCAACAGGAACACAGACAGGGAAGAGAAGUAUAUCAACAAAAUCAUUUCUCAGUUUUCCAAUUUCAACUGUCUCCAGCACCUCUCCUUAAAGAGCAUCUACUUUCUCAAAGACCACUUCAAUGAGGUCCUCAGGUGCCUGAUGACCCCAUUGGAGACCCUGUCCAUCACUUACUAUUUCAUUUCACAGUCAAACCUGAAUUACUUCUCUGAGUGUCCAAAGCUCUUUCAGCUGAAACAUAUGGACAUGAAAGGUGUGGUUUUAGAGGCUUUGGAUCUUAUGCCUCUCCGAGUCCUCCUAGAGAAUAUGGCAGACACUUUGCAGUCCCUGGACAUGAAGUGUUGUAGGAUGAAGGACUCUCAGCUCACUGUGCUCAUACCUGCCCUCAGCAAGUGCUCCCAGCUGGCCAAGGUCAGUUUCUAUUGCAAUGACUUCUCCAUGUCCAUCCUGAUGGACUUUCUGCAGCACAUAGCCAACUUGAGCAAGAUAAACGUGGAACAGUACCCUGCCCCGCUUGAGUGCUAUGAUGAGUUUGGUUAUGUCUCCUUAGAGAGAUUUACACAACUUUGUACUGAUCAAAUAGAUAGACUCAGGGCCAUAAGGCAGCCCAAGUACAUCUCCUUUGCUACACAUCCGUGGCCUAGAUGUGGAGAGUGUUGUGUCUAUGGCAAGGGAUUCCAACUGUGUCUUUGCCAGCAGAGGCAGCAGUGCCUGAUGACCCCCCUGGAGACCCUGUCCAUCACUUACUGCAACUUUUCACAGUCAGAUCUGAAUUACUUCUCUGGGUGCCCGAAGCUCUUUCAACUGAAAUAUCUGGACAUGAAAGCUGUGGUUUUAGAGGCUUUGGACUUUAUGCCUCUCCAAGUCCUUCUAGAGAAUGUGGCAGACACUUUGCAGUCCCUGGACUUGAAGGCUUGUAGGAUGAAGGACUCUAAUCUCACUGUGCUCAUACCUGCCCUCAGCAAGUGCUCCCAGCUGGCCAAUGUCAGUUUCUAUGACAAUGACUUCUCCAUGCACAUCCUGAGGGACUUUUUUCAGCACACAGCCAACUUGAGGAAGAUGAAUGUUGAACAGUACCCUGCCCCUCUCGAGUGCUAUGAUGAGUUCGGAGUGCUAUGA